GCACUCGAUUCAUGAUUUCGUACAAAUUUCACACAAUAUUCCUAAAUAAUUAUUCUGUAUUUCGUGCUCAAAAUCAUUAGCCAUAGAAAAAUCGUUUUAAUAAAAUCUUAAUUUUAAGAGGAACAUACUUAUAUAUAUCUUGUAUACUAAAUAUCUUUUGUUAUUUCAUAAUUUCUAUUCGAUAUCUUUUCAGUAAUACCUCAAACUUUUUGUUUGUUACAUAAUAGUUAUAUACGUCUGUUACUUUAUUGAUAUGUUUAGUUAAAAGAUAAAGUAAUGGAUAGGUUAUAAAGGUGUACAUAGUAAAGUGUUAGUAAAAAAACUAUACUUAUCGAAAACUGGUAUAGUUAAAAUUUACAAAAAUGUUAGGCGUAUUAAAUAUGAUGAACACAUUCUCCAGGUUGUCUGUGCAUUCAAUUGUUAAUCAGUGCAAUAUUUCCACAUGCAUGUACCCAUUAUAUUUUCGAGCCACUGAUGCACUCUUAGGAGAACCACUUAAAAAGAAGAAGAGAUUAGAUCCUGCAAUCAUCAGAGCUAGAGAGGAGAGGAAAAGAAGAAAACUAAUGAAACAAAUUCGUCGGGGUGAAAAGCACGCCAAGCAGUUGAAACCAAUUGUUGAAAAUGAAAUAACAGCAGACUUCCUCGAAGAGAAAGAUAAAUUAAUUCGUCCUCCUACUCCCCUGUCAGUGGAAGAAAUAGAGAGGAGAGCAAUAUUACAAAAGGAAUGGACUAGAUUUAAAAAACGAGAAUGGAUAAAUGAUGUGCGUGUUAUGGAAUCCAUUGUGAACUCACAGGAAAAAGCACUGGCAGAACUAAAGGCAGCCUCAGAGGAACUCUAUGCAAAAGCAAUAGAAAUUGAUGACUCAUUUGUACCAUACAGUGCAGUUGGACCGGUACAUACUCCACCAAUAAAAAAUUAUGAUAGUCCUGAUGGUUCUUAUGCAGAUAUUACUAUGGUAUACGACGGGGAAAAGUAAGCGAGUAGAUGAGUGUAAUGUGUCUUAGAUAAAGAAUUACAUGAUGCAAAAUAAUCGAUAAAUCCACAAAUAUUUGGUUUCUUAGACAAAAUUCAUAUUGAAUGGGAAGUUAUGUGCGCUAUUCAUAAAUUUUGAAUUUAUUACAAUAAAUGGUAUUCGUUGCUUUUUAUGUUAUUUAAUCAAAACGGUAAAUACAGCAUUGGUUCUAGA